AUGAUGGAUAUUGGAAAUCUGAGGAACAUGACCAAUGCGGCCUUGUGCACAAAUGGUGGUAUGACCUAUAAAUUGGCCACAAUUGCUGUUUACAUGCUUGGUUUUUUCUUCAUCGUCUUCUUGUGCAACUUCCUGCACAUUUUGUUGCGCCCUCUGGCGCAGCCCCGGAUCAUCUCCGAAUGCAUCGUGGGUCUGGUGCUGAGCAACCUCCCCGUUAUCCGGAAGCACACAGAAGGCAUCGAGAGUGCCUUACAGUCGAUUGUGGAGGUGGCCAUGGUCCUUCAUAUGUUUGUGGUUGGCCUUGAGGUGGACCCCAACAUCUUCCUAGAAAUCCACCUCCCAGAGGCCAAGGUGGCGUACUCUAGUGUCCUUUCCACCUUUGUCCCCGCGGCCUUCAUCACUCCUCUCUUGGGUCUCCCCUCUCCACCCACCCCACCUUCCCCCUUCAAUCUCUGUCUCUCCCUCCUCCUUUCCGGCACUGCAUCCCCUCUUCUUACCCGCCUUGUCACUGACCUCAAGAUCGGAAAGUCAGAUAUUGGCCGCUUUGUCGUCUCUGCCGGAGUCCACACAGACCUCGUCUCCACCCUCCUUGUCUGUGCCGGCUAUGUCCUCUUCGACGUCCCUAAACAGGAACCCCCAAACUUUCUUCCGAGGAAGCUUACCCAUGUCCUCGUCAUGCUCUCUAUCCUUGUCAUUCAGACUGUGCUCGCCUCGAAGCUCACACCCAUCAUCAUGAAUUGGGUCAACCGAGAGAAUCCUGAUGGAAAGCCCAUCAAGUGCUCCCACUUAAUACUGGCUGUUGCAUAUGUGGGUAUUGUAUGCAGUUUCUCCCCCAUAUGGGCCGGCUAUGAUAAGGUGUUGAGUGCCUUUCUCGCAGGAGUGUUCAUGCCCAGGGAAGGGAGGAUAGCCAAGAUGAUGAUAAGUAAGGUUAAUUAUUUCUUUACUGCCAUCUUUUACCCAUUGUUUUUCUUUUGGGUGGGGAAUGUGGCGCAGCUGGGACAGUUUGAGGUGGGUAGCCUCAGAAGCUGGGGCCAAAUAUUCUUGUUGUUUCUGAUAGGAACUGCAGGGAAGGUGGUGGGGUCAUGCAUGUCGGGGGUCAUGCUAGGGUUUCAUUGGCAGGACUCAAUUGCGUCUGGUCUGCUCUUGAAUAUCAAGGGACACUUUCAUGUCUAUCUUUCUAUCAUGGCCUACUCUAUGAAGAUGACUAGCUUGUCGACCAGCAUCGCCAUGGUGUUUGCCAUUUUCCUAACCAUCGUGUACGCUCCGGUGGUGGUGGCGAAAAUCAUCCAGCGCGCACGCAGGAGGUCCCCAACCCAGCGCAUGGCCCUCCAAUGGUUGCCCCCCUCGGCAGACCUUCGAAUCCUCCUCUGCCUCCAUGGACCCCAGAACGUGUCCUCUGCCCUUAACUUGAUGAGCAUCUCCCGUGGGGCAGCGGACCCCGGCAUACUCGUGUACCUUGCCGAUAUGGUUGAACUCACCGACCGCAUAGCCGCUACCCUUUCACACUCCCAAAGCCCUGACCACAGUGUGAGGGUGGGGGACCCCACAGUGGUGAGCAUGAGGGAGAUGAUAACAGGUGGAGUCAAUGCAUACCUAAGGGAUGAGGAUGGAGAGGGGAUCACGGUGAAACGCAUGUUGGCUCUCUCCACCAUCAACAACAUGCAUCAGGAUAUCUCUAUACUAGCUGAGGACCUCAUCGUCUCACUCCUUGUACUGCCUUUCCACAAGCAGCAGGAGCCAGGGGGUAGGCUCAACUUAGGACACUCAGGAUUCCGCCAUGUCAAUCGCAAGGUCCUCCGUCACGCCCCGUGCUCGGUUGCCAUCCUGGUCGACCGUGGCCUAGGGACCACACUUAUAUCGAGGUCAUCCGUCUCCCUCCAUGCAGCUGUCAUCUUCAUUGGUGGAAAGGACGACCGAGAGGCUCUAGCGUAUGCCGGUCGCUUGGCCUGCCACCCUGGCGUGAAGCUCACGGUCAUCCGCUUUCUUCUCGAGGCCAUCGGGGACACAGUAUCCUCCAUCAUCACCAUCGCCAAAUCCAACACCUCCGAGCACCAGGAGGAGAUGAAGGUUGACGACGAGUGCUUUGCCGACUUUUACGAUCGUCAUGUGGCUGGCGGACACGUGGCGUACAUGGAGAAGUACCUCGUCAACUCUGGACAAACCUUCUCUACCUUGAGGUCUCUUGAGGGACAAUACGGUCUUUUCAUUGUGGGACGAGGCGGUAGGGUUAAUUCGGUUCUCACCGUCGGGAUGAACGACUGGGAGGAGUGCCCGGAGCUUGGCCCCAUCGGGGAUAUCUUGUCCGCCUCUGAUUUUUCUUUGACUGCCUCGGUUUUGAUCAUACAACAACAUAGUUUGAAAGGGGAGUUGGAUGGCCUUCAAGAUGAGUUUUCUAUCAUGUGA